AUGAGGCUGGCGUCCGGCCCCCUUGUGGUUGCAGAGCCCGCGAACGGCCAGAGGCUCCGGGGAAGGUUGGCUGUCUUUCUCGCUCAAGACCUGCUGCACAGAGGGAAAUGCAACACCUUUGGAGUAAAUCUGAAGAGGGUGUUCAAGGAGGCCAGUCCCAAUGGGAAGCUCACCGUCUACCUCGGGAAGCAGGACUUCGUGGACCACAUCGAUGUGGUCAAUCCAGUCGUGUUUGCGACCCUGACGUGCGCCUUCCGCUACGGCCGCGAGGACCUGGACGUCCUGGGCCUGACCUUCCGCAAGGACCUCUUCGUCGCCAGCGCCCAGGCCUUCCCGCCGGUCCCCGAGGAGAAGAAGCCCCUCACGCGGCUCCAGGAACGGCUCAUCCGGAAGCUCGGUGAGCAGGCGCACCCCUUUACCUUCGAGGGCUUCGCCUCCAGGCCCUGAGCCAUCCCCGCCGCCCUCCUCUGCACCCUUCCGGCUUUCCUGCGUCCUUCCAGAACUAGGAGCCCAGAAGUGGACACGGGACUCCAGCUGAGGCCUGGCAGUGCUGAGCAGCGGGGGACUGGCCCUUCACAUGCUUCGGAGGGGAUGCUUCUGCUCAUGCAGCCCCAAACGGGACUUACUCUUUUUGCAGCUGCGUCACAUUGUUGGCUCGGGAGCUGCAACAACCCCAAGGGCCUCUCCUUUGCAGUCUUGCUGAGCCAAGUGCCCCCCCUUCUUGUGGUGCUGCGUUUGGCUUCUUUUAUCUAGGUGCAAAGCUAGCUGUGCAGAAAAAGCUACUCCAGGAAGGCUUUUCUAAAAUCGCAUUAUAUUCAGUUGAACCUUAGCCCUAUAUUAGGGUUCGGGGUGUGCACCAGGGUAGGGUUAGAGUUACAAA